UCCUUUUUAUCCCUCUCUUUCCCCUUUCAUUUCUCAUCUCUCUUGGCUUUGUCUUCUUCAAAUCUCUCACAUUCUCCAUCUCUUUUUCUGUUCUUUGAAGAAACCAUCAAUGGCGAAAACAGUUCUGCUAAUCGCGCUUUGCCUUUUGCCGGCGCUGGCCGUCGCGAGCCGCCCAAUGAAGAACCCGUUUAUCGUGGAAGGGAAAGUGUACUGCGACACCUGCCGUGCCGGUUUCGAGACCUCCGCCACCACCUACAUUCCCGGUGCGAGGAUUAGAAUAGAGUGUGUCGAUAGGAAUGCUCCAUCGAAGGUUCUUUUCCGCAAGGAGACAACAACAGACUCUGAGGGAUGCUACAGCAUGUUGGUUGCUGAGGACCAUGGGAACCAGAUUUGUGAUGCUGUUGUUGUUAGCAGCCCUCAACAGAACUGUGCGAAAGCAGCACCUGGCCGUGACCGUGCCCGUGUCAUUCUCACCGGCUACAAUGGCAUUGCAUCAGAAAAGCGUUUUGUGAACAAUAUUGGAUUCGAGAUGGAUGAGCCCCUGGCUCUUUGCUCAAAUGUUCUCAAGCAGUACCAGGAGACGGAAUACGAAAAUUAGAUGCGGUUCUGAGAUCCUCUAAUGAGUUCAUGUUAUAAGUUAUAACUCGCUUGGCUUUUCCUAUAAAUAUACAUAUAUAUCUAUUUACUUCUGAUGGUUUGUUGUCUCCAUAUUACAGACCUUUAAUCUUUAUUUGUUAAUUGAAUCCACAUCAACUAAGAUACUGUUUCAGACUCCGUUAUCGUAGUAAAUGCACUUUCUUCUUUAUUAAUAAACUGAUUGGUUGUGUUCA